AUGUCCGGAGGCAAUACACUGCCGUACAUGCCAGCAGGCCUCGUUGGCGCUACGAGCUCUUCUGCGUCAGCCCCUGGCUCCCAGCGGCUGUCGCUGCGCAGCGGCUUGCCUUCGCCUGUCACCGCAACGACCGGUCAACAAAGUCAUCAAGCCACAACAAGCUCUGCCGGACGUCCUGCCGUCUUCUCCCUCGAUGACGAACCGAACCCGGGCGCAUCCUUCGCUACGCCUUCUUCUCGAUCGAGCAUACCCAAGCGUGUUGGCGUCUGCAAGUUCUUCAACACACAGAAAGGCUUUGGCUUCAUCAAUGACUCUCGUCCCGAGGAGCUUGGCGGUCAAGAGGUCUUUGUCCACUAUACGGCCAUUCACGGCAAGGGCGGCUUCAAAUCCUUGGCAGAAGGCGAGGAGGUCGAAUACGAGGUCAACGCAGGUCAAAAGGGCUUCACAGCAGCCAAUGUUACCGGCCCCGGCGGUCGCCCUGUUCUGGGAGACCAGAAGCCGAAGCUCAGACCUCAGCACAUCUUCCCUGCCCCCUAUGGCGCACUAGGCAUCGGCUAUGGCGAUCCCUACUUCCAGGUCGCUCAGAUGUAUGGCCAGCCGGCCCCAUACGGACAACAGUACAUGUUCUUGCCCACACCGGCCGGUCAGCUGUCAUUGGCGCAGCAGCAGCAACAGCUUUUGCUACAGCAGGCCAAUCAGCUCAACUCCCUCGCUCAGCUGCAGCAACAGCAGCAACAGCAGCAGGCACCCUACAAUACCCGCUUGCUUGCUACGCCAAUCGGUGCACGUACGCCAGAUCCUCUGGCAGGCCAGAGCUCGGCUACACUCGAUGCAUUCAACAAUCCAGGCUAUAAUUCGGCUACGCUUGCAGACUUCAACAAUCUAGCCUCGAUGUACGGCGGCGUGGCCGGCUUGCCCAACCGUCAAAUGCGUCCUGCCGAAUUUGCUGGCUCGCCCAUCGAUGCUGCCGUCGGCUCACACAUACGCGCGGGCAGCUCAAGCUUGGCCGUCGGUAGCUCUGCGCCUGCAGCUAGCAGUCCCAUUGGCGCAUCUCGACCCGGUCAGCCUGGAUCUGGCGCGAAUCGCAAUGUAGGCGCACCCGGCAGCCAGCAGCAGCAGCAGCAGCAGCAGCAACAGCAGCAGCAGCUUCUGUUCGGUACACCUUCGCUCUUCCCGUCACCCUCUGGCGCACCCGCAAAGUCGCCAGCGUUCCGUUGA